AUGGCGGCCCUGCCUGGCCCGGGGCUGGAGUAUGCCCAGCGCGGAUGGAAUCUCUGUGGAAUCGAGCUGCUCAAAUCGAAUCAAUCUGUCCGCCGCAUGCGUGAACUGCACUUCGUCAAAGGGGAGAGGUUUGGUUUCUGCUUGAAAGGGGAAGUAAUGGACGGGAAAACCCCUGUGGUCAUUGACUACACCCCGUAUCUGAAGUUUACACAGAGCUACGAUUACCUGAGCGACGAGGAGGACCGGAGGAGCGUGGAGAGCAGCACGAGCGAGGAGAGCUCCCCCGAGCACCCCUACCAGCUGCUGGUCACCGACGAGGACAGCUGGUACAACAAGUGGCGUAAGAUGGAGCAGAAGUUCCGCAUCGUGUAUGCGCAGAAGGGGUACCUGGAGGAGCUGGUACGGCUCCGGGAAUCCCAGCUGAAGGACCUGGAGGCGGAGAACAAGCGCCUGCAGAUGAGGCUGGAGGAGGUGAAGGUGCAGAACCAGCUGGAGAAGAGGGAGCUGGAGGGCGUCAUCCUGGAACUGCAGGAGCAGCUGACGGGCCUGAUCCCCUGUGAGAACACCCAGCUCUCCAAGGAGAUGGCCACGCCGCUGGUGAACCAGUGGCCGUCGCUGGGGACCCUCAAUGGGAACGAGAGCGGGUCAGACGCCAAGCUGUACAGGAGGCACAGCUUCAUGAGCACGGAUCAGCUGUCGGCGGAGAUCAGCCUGAGCUCGGAUUCCCAGAGGCUGGGGGAGGACAAGCAAGAAGGAGAGCCCUGGGGGCCAUUGGGGAAGGACCCCACCCCGUCCAUGCUGGGGCUCUGCGGCUCCCUGGCCUCCCUCCCAAGCUGUAGGUCCCUGGCCAGCCUGAAAUCUAACGAGUGCCUGGUGAGUGACAGCAACGAAGCCAGCCCCGCCCACAGCCCCAGUUGA